AUGGCCCGCUCCAACCUCCGAUAUGGUCUGAACAAGGGUCACCCUACGACUCCCAUCGAGAAGACUGCCCGCCCCAGCCACCGCAAGGGCAUUCAAUCUGCGCGAACGAAGUUUGUGCGCUCCAUUGUGCGGGAGGUUGUGGGAUUCUCGCCCUACGAGCGUCGGGUAAUGGAGCUGCUGAGGAACUCCAAGGAUAAGAAGGCGAGGAAGCUGACGAAAAAGCGGCUUGGCACACUCCUCCGCUCAAAGCGCAAAUUGGAGGAGCUCGGCAAUGUCAUCCAGGAGAGCAGGAGAGCAGGACACUAG